AUGAGCCGCCUCAACACCGCGCUCGUCCUCACCAUCCUCAAGAUCCUGCCCCUCGCGAUAUACCUCCGCGCGGCGGCGUGCAAGUACAACGUCCCCAUCCUCGGAUGCGACGCGCCGUUGUGCCCCGUCGCGAUCGGCAAAAAGGGCGACUGCACGCCCACGGCCAACACCGCGGAGAUUCAGGCGCGUUCUAUACACUGGUCCCCAUACGACCGCGUUGGCGUGGUGAACGCCAAGAACAACUACGAGCUCGCGAAGAUCCUCGGCCUGAUCGAGGUCAUCGGGUACGUUCUCCUGUGGAAGGCGCCGCAGCUCGGAGGAUUCAUCCUGACCAUCUUCAUGGCGGGCGCGAUCCACUUCCACCUCGCGUUCCUGAAGGAUAAGCCCGAGGCGCUGGUGUUGCAGUUCGCGCUGCUCGCCGCGUCCAUCGCGGUCAUGAUGCUCUCGCCGAAGAAUGUCGCGAGGAAGAAGAAGCGUCGCAAGACGGCGUGA